GCAUCGAGGAUGAAAUUGUUCGACGCGCACUGCCACCUCCAAGACCCGAGGAUCAUCGGCAAAGUCCCUCAAAUCAUCUCCGCCGCCGCAGCUUCCGGCGUCUCCGCCUUCGCCGUCAACGGGGUCUGCGAGAAUGAUUGGGGUUUGGUUAAAGAGAUGGGAGAGAAGUACCCUUCUGUUGUUCCGUGCUUUGGGAUUCAUCCAUGGUAUGUAGCAGAGAGGAGCCCUCAUUGGUUUGACACAUUGAAGAACUUCUUUGAGACCACUCCCGCUGCUGCUGUUGGAGAAAUCGGUUUGGACAAGGGUUCAAAAGGAAGAGAGAUAGAUUUCUCAGACCAGGUUGGAGUUUUUCGACAACAGCUUGAACUUGCAAAGGAAUUGAAAAAGCCGGUGUCUGUUCAUUGUGUCCGUGCGUUUGGUGAUCUGCUUGAAAUACUCAAGUCUGUGGGACCUCUUCCUUCUGGGAUUAUCCUUCACUCAUACCUCGGUUCAGCCGAAAUGGUUCCUGAAUUUGCCAAGUUUGGCGCAUAUUUCUCGUUCUCGGGUUUUCUUAUGUCCAUGAGCGAGAAAAAGGCGAAGAAGAUGUUGAAAGCGGUUCCUUCCGACAGGAUCUUACUGGAGACAGAUGCACCAGAUGCACUGCCAAAGGCGGAGUUAGGUUCUCUGUAUUUUGUGGACGGAGAUCCUUCUCUACCCGAAAAUGUCCGCUCCAAAGACAAGAAUUCAGUUCCGGGCCCUGAUUCUGCUUCAAGUGAUCAGUCAAAUGUGUCUAACGAGUUUAUGAAUUUGCCAAAGGAGACUCUCAACCACCCUGCAAACAUUCAUAUUGUACUCGGAUAUGUGGCGAAGUUAUUGGAGAUGGAGAAGGAAGAACUGGCGAAGCUAAGCUUCCAGAAUGCUGUAAGGUUAUUCUCUUAUGGUUCAAAAUUGCCUUCAGACAGGUGAUGUUUGAGCUACGACAUGCCUCGUGAGUUGCUUUCAUCGAAAUGUGUAAACUUGUUGGCGACAGCUUACGUGGUGAAUAAAUUAGACUGCAUGAGGACUUCACUUGCAUACAAAGAGAUGUAAUAACGUGGACCCACUCUUGUUCUACGUAACUUAGAUAUCUUCACGCGAGCAGUAGCUGUCACAGUGACAAGGUUAAGUUUCUGAUCGAUUCAGGGGCACUCCUGUAGACCAAGGAAUGAACAUGUGCAUUUAUACUUCUAAACUAUAAUACCCGAAGCUUAGCGCUUCAAAUAUAGAAUGAUUUCUGUAUUUUUUGUAAAAAAAAUAAAAAUUUUAAGAUCUUGGGCA